CUGCCAUUUCCAGUUGGGGAAAAAACAUGCGCAGACGUCGGAAAACCAGGUUCACAGCAAGCCGACCCAUCCAGCCCCGUUAGUUCUUGUGACGAAGAGGCAGCUAUCCAGGGGAACGCAUCCCCUGACUUUGACUCAAAGUCUCCAAAUCAGACUGGCUUCACUUUGCUGUCACCCGCCAAGUCAAGUCAAGUUAGCCAUUCUUUACAGCCCGAACCCCACCAACUCAUUAAUAAUAAAAGCCCUAUAGAAACGGCUUCUGGAGUUGAAGGUUCAGCAGCCCUGAGGAAGUCGAACGAGCCAAUUUCACAAGAAAAAAGAGACUUGCAUAAGCCCUGGCAACAACCUAAAACAGAAGGCGAUACGGCGGAAAUGCAGCGCUUUCAGAAGCUAGUUGACACGGACAAACGGCUAACGGAACUCACCGAAAAGCUCUCGCAGGAUACAGAAAUAUGA